GGUAGCCUCGUUGUGGUGGCGCAUGCGCAGUGUGCGCACCCAUCAUGGCGGAGGUCGGACGGAAUUUCUGCUGGUUGCCAGGAACGACCGGACACAGUUCGCUAGGUUUGCGGAAACUGGGCGCGAUUUAGGGUUCAUACGGCUUAGGGAUAACUCAAGAAGAACGUAAGACAGUUCUGGCGCCAAUCGUCGCGAUCCCAGGGACCAAACGAAGCCGUGUUGCAGUCCAGAGCCACAACCGUGACGUUGAAAUGUUUUGAAAUUUGAUGUUCUUUGAUGCGCCGACUACACCGAACGACCCGACGUCAACCUUAAUAUGGUAUUUAUUGAAUAGCGUGGACAUGCCGGAGCUUUGGCUGUUGUGAAAGACCAGUUGCAGCGUUUACGUACUACAUUCCGUCCUAAUCCAACAUGUUCAAGAACGAAUAUCAGGGAGGGCCUUUCUUUGAGAUCUUCAGUGCCCAGGGAAAGGACCCUGUGUCCAAGUGGAAGCUGACAGGAGGAACCUCGUCCAUACAGAAGGUGUUUGACAAGGAUGUGAAGAGUUAUGUAUACACCCUGGAGGGGGGCAGCACCACCACCAAAAUGCACAUACCUAAGGACUCCAAACAGUCAUUGUUCCUUGUACAGAGAUACCUGGUGUUCCAGAUCUACAUCCCACUGGGGCAAGACUUCUCUGUGGAACUGGGGAUCACAGACCUGUCCAACAACAAAAGGAGAAUCCUGCUGUCCACUUGUCAGAGGGAGAUCGCUGCCACCCCUCUACAUGCCAAGAUUCCCCUCACCAUUCUCAGGAAAAGAGUCUGGCUCCACCUAGUGCUGGACCUGUUAUCCCUGGUGGGGGAGAAUUUCCGAGGUCAGACGUACCGUGCGCUGGAGAGUCUGACCCUGUCGGCCAACUGUCGCAUCAGGAAAGUCUUCACGAUGAAGGCCCAGCCUCCGGACACUACUGAUGAUGAUGAGCUGUACUCGUGUGACCCUGUGAAUGAUGUGGAGAUAGACAGCAUCCCCAGAUCACUGCAGCUCAGCAGGGAGGUGGAGCAGUGCACACAGGUUCUAACUAUGACUAAGAUCAGACAAGCUGAGUGGAAAAUAAGAGGAGACUCCUCCAGACCAACCUCCUCCACAGAACCAUCAGACCGGCUGAAUGCCAGUAGAAGAGCUUCCGAUGACAGACCCACACAUAUAGCCUUCGGCAGCAGGGUGGCCAUCCCCUCUACAGCUCAGAGUAGGAAAGGGUCUGCAGGGCCCAGAGAGGGUAGCGGCAGUGCCUCCGGUAGAUCUAAUAGAUCAUCACAUUCCAGGACGAAGGUGGAAGACCCUCCCCCCACCACUGGUGCUGAUACUGGACCCAGAGUAGACAAGCUGGUCAUCCACCACAGGAGGGAAUGGUCCGACCCUGGCAGUGCUGUGGAGGACCUCAGCACUUCUGUCAAUAAAAAAGGUUCCUUAAAAGGUUGCAACACGUGGGGUGCAGAGGACAUGAUGAGGGAAGAGAGGGAAGAGAAGAAUGGUCAAAAGGAGAAGUCUGAGAUGCUGAGACCACACCCCCCUCCCAGGGAGAACUCCAGUGAGAACCUGAAGAGGAGACAGAUCAGGAUCAGGAACACCAGUGGGGGGCAAUACACACGGUCUCACAGCACAAAAGAUCCCCAGCCUACGGAAACAACAGAUGACUCACAGCCUCCUGAGGAGGAGCCAGAGGAGAGACAGCCACAGGAGGAUGAGGAGUUGGGGGAGUCUGUAGCUGAUGCAGAUGGGGAUGCUGACAGUGAGAGAGACGACCAUGAGGAUGAACAGUACAGCCCUGAUGAAAAGGAAAAGAUGUUCACCUUCUCCUCACGACCGCACUUCGCCUCCUGGAAGACAGGCUCGGACAGUCUGGAUCCCUCCGAUAACAAGAGUCGAAUAAUCCAGAUCCGUGAGAGACAUGAGAUGAGAAGGAGCCAGUGGAAGUCGUCGGACCGCUCCACGAGACUCGCGCCCCCUGAAGACGACUUCUACGCCAGCUCUAGCAGUGAGGAGGAGCAGGUCUUAGACAUGCACCAGAAGAUCUUGAGGAGCCCCAGCCCCCGGACGGGACACACGCCGGUCCAGAGUCCGCACUCCUCUCACAGCUCACAGCAGCUGAGGCAGCAGCAGUCACUCAUUGUCACAAGCCAAGACAUGGAUGAGAACGAGAGGACCAGCUCGGGUACCACCUUAAGUUCCAACAGCUUCCUCCCGACGCCGGUACCCAGCGUUGAGGUGUCUCCGACGUUCAGCAAGACGGUGUCUCAGAGAGUCGGGUCCCGGAGUCGUAACUCCAGCCAAUCACGGCUCAGCGUCAAGGUGUCCAAGCUGAAGGAGCUGACGAAGGAAGAUGUGGAAACAAGAUUGUCUACUACCCAAGAGUAUGACUGGAGAAACUACCAGUCCCCCAACUCCUCCAUGGGGGAAUCCUUCGAGGCGGCCAUGUUGGCGAGUCUGAAGCGACAGCAGGAAGAGGAGAUGUAUGAAGACAGCCACACCAGCGGUACCGGCAGCCAUGACACCAGCUUCGAACGGUUAAACUAUGAUAACGCUGGGCUCAGCUCUAGUGAUGAUGAUGCCAGUAUCAGUACAUGGAGAGCACCGGUGCCUGCCAUGUUGGCUAACCAUUACCAGGACGAGAUGCGCCUGCCUUCCUCUAGCAAAGACCCACUCAUGCAGUCCAACCCAAGGGACUGGACCAUGGUGUUCAGCCCUCCCAUAGUGCUGCCCAGCGAGCACAAACCACUGGAACACAGGGACCUGUCACCACGGAAACCGCCAGGACCCAACCUCGAUAUCUCACCAGGGAGUGUACAGAGUGCAGAGCAGGAGCAGCAGUUAGAGGAGGAGCUGGACCUGCUGUACGACCCCUGCCUCAAUUGUUACUUCGACCCCAAGAGCUGCAAGUACUACGAGCUGGCAUGAGGAGGACAGCAGGGGAACAGCUGCUAUCAAAAUAACCCCUUCAUAGGCUAAUGUCACAUUUCCACGGG